GAGAGAGAGAGAGAGAGAGAGAGAGAGAGAGAGAGCUUUAACCGAGGCGGUGGUGAAUAAUCCCGUUCGGCUGAACGCUUCCAUCGGAGGAGGGGGUUCUGGACCGGUUCGCAGAAGGCAGAGCUGCUCGGUUCCGACAGAUCAUCAGCGGACAGAAGCUUUGAGGAGGAAUCAUGGGAAAGCAAAACAGCAAGCUGACCCCUGAGGUGAUGGAGGAUCUGGUGAAGAACACAGAGUUUAAUGAACAUGAGCUAAAGCAGUGGUACAAAGGCUUCCUGAAAGACUGUCCCACCGGCCGGCUCAACCUGGAGGAGUUCCAGCAGCUUUAUGUCAAGUUCUUCCCGUACGGUGACGCGUCAAAAUUUGCACAGCACGCCUUCAGAACCUUUGACAAGAACGGAGAUGGAACCAUCGAUUUCCGAGAGUUCAUCUGCGCUCUGUCGAUCACGUCCCGCGGCAGCUUUGAGCAGAAGCUCAACUGGGCCUUCAACAUGUAUGACCUGGAUGGGGACGGCAAAAUCACCAGAGUGGAGAUGCUGGAGAUAAUCGAG